UCUGAGUCUUGCAUUGCGUACAACGAAAAUGGCAAGAUGAAGUUACAAGCCAUUUAUGCGAUUCUGCAAAAGGACGCGUCGGCCAUUGUAAGCACGAAGCUGAACAGCAUGAAAGAAUUAGGAAAUGGAAAGAAAUAUGGAAGCUACAACGCGAAGUACGAAGAUGCCAUUGUCACAGCGAUGAUCCAGAAGGAUGGAGGAGACUCCGAGAAAGUCCAAGUUGAGCGCAACCACGGCAAGCUGAGCCUCUUCGACGCUGUCAAAAAUGGUAGUGUCGAUGCUACUUGGAUAUUCGUGCCUUGGGAAGGUGUUGAGGCGCAGAUGGAGCAUGUCGAUACCAAGCACUUCCUGCUCGAGGACUAUGGCAUUCCCUACGGCUACUCACCCGUCAUCGCUCGUAAUGCUGCAAAGAGUCCGCCCGGCGAGGUCUUAUCUGCUUUUAUUGCGGCCACUAGAGAGGGAUACGAGCAUGCAAUGAAGCAUCCUCACGAGACAGCAGACAUUCUCCACCAUAUCACGACGCCACAACGAUCGAAAGACUUCUUGCUCAUGAGCCAGACGAGCAUCAAUUAUUACUACACCGAUCUUGGACUGAAGCCAGGCUUCAUGGACUCGACCAAGUGGACGGCGUGGUUGAAGUGGUUGAAGUAUCAUAAUCUUUUGACUAGGCCCGAAGAGAUCAGAGAGCAGGACAUAUUUACCAACGAGUUUGCCAGGUAAUGAAGUGAAGGUCUGUUGGCUCUUCCUCAGGUCCCGGUGCCGGGAUGCUCGGCGUUGACAACAUUUUCAUCAUGUUUCCUUUUUUGGCAUCUCCUUCCUUUGAUAAUGAUGUACGAUUAAAUGGCCGUGGUUGCGGAAUGCAUAGAACAUGCCAUUC